AUGAUUGCAAGAUUCGACACAAGCGGUUAUCUGAUCGGCAAUGCAUACAGUCUGCCUCUCGAAAAUAAAAAAAUGCCGGGUCUAAUAAAGGAUGAAAACAACGAUGCGAUAAUGACCGAGUUUGUUGGACUCAGGGCGAAAAUAUAUGUGAUGAGGGUGGACGAGAAGAAGGAUACCAAAAAGGCUAAAGCCCCACCCAAUCCCGAAAGUUCUAUCUUCCCGGAGUUAGCAUAUAGGCCCCCUCGCGGGAAUUCUAAGGCGACUCCUGCAGUAACCGCCACGGGGUUGGACGUACCGAGAAAGAAGGGGAAAAGUAGUUCAGGGGAGGGCGACGCGAAGCGGAACGGUAAAAAGAAAAACGGCAGCAGCGGAGGCAUCCGCUACCACUACGGCGAGUGCAAAUGCGGCCGCAUUCGUCGCAACGUGCUCUACGUGGUCGCAAAACGGGCGCGAGAGUCGGUAGGACGGACCCUAUCGACUCCAAGCAAUUCGGACGAUGUCCGCGAGUCAGGAUACUCGAUACCGAGUACUGCGCAUUCGUAUGUCACCUUGGAGAGCGUUGAGAUUCCCCCUUUGCGAUACUUUACAAUUUGUGUUAGAGAUAGACGAAUAAGCGCUUUAGUGGAUUCGGGUUCGAGCCGUACGCUGUUCGGGAGGGAAGGCAUCGAUAUUAUUAAAGAGUUAGGCUUACCGAGUUUGCGAGACCGAGGAGCCCAGAUUCAGAUGGCGAAUGGGCAGAUCGUUUCCGUGGGGGAGACCGUGAUGGUACCAUUAAAAUUGAAAAACAUCACGUAUACCCUGCCGGUGGGUUUACUACCAAAACUAGCUGUACCUUGCAUUAUCGGAAUGGACUUUCUACGAAGGUUUCGCGUUUGCUUAGAUUUUACCGCCUCAGAGUGGCAUUUUGCGGGGAGCCUCGCGGAGCGAUAUCCUUUUAGUGCGGAGAGCGAUACCGAGAGAGUGUGUAGCGGCCUACCCGAGCUUACCGAGACUCAGCAGAGUGCCCUUAAAAAUUUUUUUAAACAGACAGUACCGACGCCUACCGAGACUCCUGAGGUGACGCCCCUCGCGGAACAUCGAAUUGACGUGGGAUCACACCCGCCGAUUAGGCAGCGAUGUUACGUAGUGUCGCCUCGCGUACAGGAAGCUAUACGCGAGGAAGUCGAUAAGAUGUUAGCCAGCGGGAUAAUAGAGCCUUCGUUUAGCGAAUGGUCGAACCCCAUCGUUAUGGUGAAAAAGCCUAACGAAAAGUAUAGGUUUUGUUUGGAUUUUCGUAAAGUAAAUGGCAUUUAUAAAAAGGAUGCAUACCUCCUACCUAAUAUGAACAGUAUUCUCGAUAAGUUACGUUCGGCCAAAUACAUCUCUACUAUAGAUUUGUGUCAAGUUGUGUUACUUCCAAAUCCCUCUGGCAAAAGACAGUCGUGA